AUGGCCCACGAGGACACCGCCCACUGGUCAUCUGUCUUGCCCGCCGUCCUCCUCGGCAUCCGCGCAUCCGUCAAGGCCGACCUCGGCUGCAGCGCGGCUGAACUGGUGUACGGCACUACCCUCAGGCCCCCGGCUGACUUCUUUGACGUAACAGAGGUCUCCACUCCCCCCGGAACUUACGUCGACACGCUUCGUCGCGCUUUCGCAAACGUCCGUCCUGCCUCACCUCGUGUUCCCUCGCCCAGAUCCUCCUUUGUCCCCCAGCAGCUGUCUUCUGCCUCGCAUGUCUUCAUGCGCCGUGACAGGAUCCGCCGCCCGCUUGAGCAACCUUACACCGGCCCUCACCCCGUUCUCCGGCGUUCGGACAAGUUUUUUACCAUCUCGGUUGAUGGCAAACCAGAAACCGUGAGCCUGGACAGACUCAAGCCAGCCUUUGUGGAGCCACCCGAGCCCCCAGUAGCCCUCCCGCCUCCCUUCCCCACUCAGCCUUCUCUGAGCGCCACCAGACAUGUCACUUGGGCUGACCGCUCCUCUCGGAGUCUGGGGGGAGGCUGUGUAGCAGCCCGCAUCGCCAUCGUUAAGCCGCGGCCUGCACGCUGCACGUUUUUCCACUUUCGUUUUUGGUGGCAACCGCCACUGGAAUAA